AUGGCGGCAGAGGACGACCGCCCAGCGAAGCUGCGGCGGCUGUCCCGCCUUCGCGCGGAACUGCCAUUCAUGCAUUGUAAUGCGAUGGCGCAAUUCCUGGCGUCCGUUAAGCGAGACGGAAUCCCCGAAUUGGGAUCCCGACGCCAGGAUAUCAGAGACGCUCGGGAGCUCAUGGUCGGUGAGAACACGCCGCGCGGCAAGCUCCACCAGAACAUGAUAGUCGGGCAGCACGCGGUGGAGAUCUGCAGUCCAGCAGCAAUGCUGUGGUAUUGCAGCGCCCUCCCCGCGAUGCAGCCUCUGUGGCAGCGGGCGCUGGAGCUGCCACGCCCGUGGCACAUCAUCAUUUACGGCGAUGAAAUAGGCGCUGGCAACGCGCUGGCGCACGUGCAGAACCGCAAGUCCUGGGGCAUCUACUGGACGAUCGCGGAAUUCGGCCCGCAGGAUGCGUGGUUCCAGCUCGCGACGAUGCGGGCCAAGACCGCGAACGACAUCCAGCCGCGCGGACUGACGAUGCUACUGGACGCAAUCCUCGCGCAGUUCUGGCCUGAUCAGGGGCGCAACUUCAGCGCAGGCAUCAGCUUGCGGCUGCGCCCCGACGGCGCGACGGAGCUCAUCCAGAUGGACCUCGGAAUUUACAUGCAGCCGCUGCAGCGGUUGAUCGAAGGGGUCAACAUCGUGAGCAAGGGCGAGUUCCAGGAGUUGGAGCGCCGGCUUGGCUGGAACUGGGACCCCCAUUUGCCUGGGCGGGUUCGGAAACUCAAGCCGCUCGAGACAGUCAUGUUUGAUUGGAUGCAUUGUAGUUUCGUCAACGGUGCAUAUAACAUUCUGGUGUUCCAAAUGUUUCGAAGGUUGAAGGGUUACUGGGCGCGCGCAGACGCAUAUUUCCAGGACUGGUCGUUUCCAGGGUGCCACUCCAUCUCCCCCGACACGUGCGCGAUCUUCGGCGAGAAGCGCGUGAGGUCCCACGUUGACAGCAAGCAUUUCAAGUGUACCGCCAGCGAGGGGCUCACAACCAUGCAAGUGGCCAGCGACGCUGCAGCGCCUGCAGUCCGAUCGGCUUGCGCAGUGUUCGAGGCGCACACGAUCGUUGUGGAAGAAAUCCUACGAGUAUCCAGGCGUCAGGCAGACGCGGAUAAGCUGCAGGCUGCGGUUAACAGGUUUUUGCUGUCAUACAGCAGCGUCUUUGGCAAGGAAACGACGGCGCAGAAGUUCCAUUACCUGCGCCACUUCGCCAACUACGUGAGGCGUUGGGGCCAUGUGGCGCUGCCGUCGUGCUGGGUUUUGGAGCGCAAGCACAAGGCCAGCAAGCGCUUUGCGAACGCUCUUCAGGUGGGGGCCGCAGCCUCCAGCGGCUGGGACGCCAAUGUCCUGAAGAGCGUCACCGAGCGGCACCUGUGGCAGCUCAUGGAUGGCGACACCUUUAAGGUUAACUGCCUGGUUAACGCCACCAGGCCGUCCAAGGCCAUCUCGCGCGAACUGCUGCAGCAGUUCGGGCCUGCGGACUUUGUUACGUCCGCUGCAGCGCGGUGCCGCUACCACGACGUCAAAUACGGCGACGUCGUGCUGUUGGAGGACGGAGGAGGGGAACACAUUGCGGCCGAGGUGUUGAAACACCUCUCCUUCACCAAGAACGGCCACUACUAUGGCUUGAGCUUGGUCCUGCCCUACUUCUUCAAGGAGAAGCUGCACCCGCGCGCCUCCGCGCACGUGCUUGGCGGCGAUGCCGACGCCUUUUGGGCGCACACGGCGAGCAUCGUGUGCUCGCUCGCGUGGGCGCCGCGCGAGGGCGGCGGCAUCC